GGGGAGUUAGCCGACUGAUAACGUUUGAAAGUUUAUUGCGUUUAAAUAAAGUUUUAAAGUUCUAUUAUCAUGGACUGUAUGGUACAUGCUUUCAACAGAUUUGGUGUGCCUCACAUGACCAACUAGUGGUUUAGAAUAAUGUGUAGUUUAAAAUCGUAUUCACAGCACCGUCACGGCUCGAGAGGAAGUGACGUAUGUUCACGCAUGCGCACUAGCAAUCCGGCGCAAGCACGUUAGCCAACAAUGGCAAAGCAUCAUCCAGAUCUAAUUUUCUGUAGAAAACAAGCCGGCGUGGCCAUUGGGAGACUUUGCGAAAAAUGCGAUGGCAAGUGUGUCAUCUGUGAUUCCUAUGUGAGGCCGUGCACGCUGGUCCGUAUUUGUGACGAGUGCAACUACGGCUCCUACCAGGGACGCUGCGUCAUCUGCGGAGGACCCGGAGUAUCCGACGCCUACUAUUGUAAAGAGUGUACCAUCCAGGAGAAAGAUCGAGAUGGCUGUCCUAAAAUUGUAAAUUUGGGAAGCUCCAAGACAGAUUUGUUCUACGAGAGGAAGAAGUACGGCUUCAAGAAGAGGUGAAGACCCUGCGACCGGUCUUCAUUUUCAGUCUUGUUCGUGGCAACUAUUUUGUUUAUUGCCCUGAUUUGUGUAAUGAUUUCAAUAAAAGAUCUUUUAUAUUCCAGUCUUGAUGCUGUCUACUGUAUUUUAAUAUCUUCAUCUGUGGUUUAUUUUGUGUAUCGUAAACAAGUACUCAUGGAUUUUUUCAACAAGAUUUUAUUUAUACACCAUGUAUGUACAUGAGGCAACACACUGAAAAAGUCAAAGCAGUUUUUACAAAGAUGAGGCCAUAAAAGUUAAAAGAAACCUUAACAGUUGACUUAUUUCAGAAAGGCAGCAAGAUAUGCAAUCUGCACUGUCGCAGAAAGCAUGAGAACGUAUACCGGGUCAGGAAGCCCAAUAAUCCAAAUCAACCUGACAGUACACUGAUAUAAAGUGUGAGAACUCCAUGGAAAUAAAGACAAAAGUGUGAGGCAUUGACCUUUUUCAUCUAUAAAAUAUCAAGACUCAAGUUUUCCUUUCACUAAAUGAUGUUUUGUACUUCAUGGAAUAGUUAAAGGAAGCACAGUAGUAUGGACUAAAAACCAAAAAAAUAGGACAUUUAAAAUGGAGUAUGCGUCAAAAAUGCAAAAUACCUUAUGAAAGUCGGGUUCACAAUGAAAUAUUCACAUGUUUGAACAUUUGCUUAAAAAGCAAGCAUGCCAAGCAUCUUAUUUUACUAUGAAUUUGAUAGCCAAAGCAAGAGAGAACUGGGAGUGAAAUAAGGCUGAACAAGUACUAUGAUACACAACUAUUUACAUGACAUUCUUUGAAUUGUAAAUGCCACACAUAUCAUUCAGAGACAUAAGUACACAUGAGCAAGACAAUGUCAUUCCCUGAAGAGAUUUCAGUAUUUAACACCUGUUUAAAUAUGAAAAACAAAUAUAGGCGACAUUUUUCUUAAACCUUGAAGCAACCCGGAAAUAAUGCGACAUCUUACUAUAACAAUCGCUACAUAAGGUAACUCAUCUUCUUCAAAAAGACGUACAAAUAAUACAAGCCUAUUAUUAUAUCAUCCAUAAAAUAGGAACUCUUAUAACCAAGAUGAUAAAAACAAAGAACAUGAAAA